AUGUCUGCCCUUCCCAACACCUUUGACCGCCCGGUCCACAUCGCCGUCAUCGGUGGCACCGGUCUCAGCAAGAUUGACGGCUACACGCCCGUCGCCGAGCUCAACCCCGAGACCCCUUGGGGCUUCCCCUCGUCCCCGAUCCAGAUUCUCGAGCACAACGGCGUGCCCAUCGCCUUCCUCGCGCGCCACGGCGUCCACCACCAGUUCGCACCCCACGAGGUGCCGGCGCGCGCCAACAUUGCCGCGCUGCGCCACGUCGGCGUCCGCUCCAUCAUCGCCUUCUCGGCCGUCGGCUCGCUCCAGGAGGAGAUCAAGCCCAUGGACUUUGUCGUGCCGGACCAGGUCAUCGACCGCACCAAGGGCAUCCGGCCCUUCACCUUCUUCGAGGGCGGCGUCGUCGGCCACGUCGGCUUCGCCGACCCCUUUGACAAGGGCCUCGCCGAGGUCGUCAAGACGUGCGCCGCCCACAUGGACGGCGACGGCGUCGUGCUCCACGAGAAGGGCACCAUCAUCUGCAUGGAGGGCCCCCAGUUCUCCACGCGCGCCGAGUCCCACAUGUACCGCGCCUGGGGCGGCAGCGUCAUCAACAUGUCGGCCCUGCCCGAGGCCAAGCUCGCGCGCGAGGCCGAGAUGGCCUACCAGAUGAUCUGCAUGGCCACCGACUACGACUGCUGGCACAGCUUUGACGACGUCGACGUCGCCAUGGUCCUCAAGUACAUGGAGGCCAACGGCAAGAACGCCAAGCGCCUCGUCGGCGGCGUCCUCGACCAGCUGAGCAGGCACGAGAACAGCGAGCUCGUCCUUGCCAAGCAGUGGGAGGGCGCCUCCCAGGGCGCCGUCAAGUUCAUGACCAAGCCCGAGGGCCGCAACCCCGAGGCCAUGAAGAAGGUCGAGUUUCUGUUCCCCGGGUUCUGGGAGAACUAG